CUGAGAAGAGCAGCCUGGCAGUGCUGGAGGAGGAUAACUGGAACCUAUGGCUUGGCCACCAGAGGCCGUGUGAGCUGACAUUUUGCAGGGAGUAACUGAAUUCACCUGUAGCUUGUUUGGAAUCACUACCCCUAGAGUUCAGUGGAGGGUCUCCAGCAAAAGCUAAUUACAGAGCAAUAAGGGAGGUGAGAAACAGCUGCAGAACUUUUAGGGCUGGUAGCAGAAACAGGCUGGAGAUGAUCAGUUUUCUUUCUUCCAUUUUUCCCUGGGUUUCUGCAUCCUCCAGGAAGGCUGUACUGGUGUUUGGAAGAGGUUUCUGAUCAAAGGGCCUGGGAGCUCUCUCCACUGGCACUGUGGGAAGCUUUAGCCAAGCCAAUGCACCCUGACAACAAACUGCCCAGCCAUGGCAAGGCAGGCAGCAGCAGCGCCCUGGCCCAGCACCACAAUGUGAGCCAAGCACCCACCUGUAAUUUGGGCUCAAAGGGUGUGGGGGCAGGCAGCCAUGGCAGCAAGGCCACUCAGAUUUCCCCUGGCAACUCUGGACUGAAAAACAGCCAGAACACCGUCCCAAACUUCAGCUCCUUGAAGGGCAAGGUGAAGCGGGAACGAAGCAUCUCAGUGGAUUCCGGAGAACAGCGAGAAGCCAGCACCCCAUCACAGGACACAGAAUCGAAAGGUGAGGUGGCUCCCCGUAGUAAGCGACGGUGUGUGCUGGAAAGGAAGCAGCCAUACAGCGGCGAUGAAUGGUGCUCUGGGCCAGACAGUGAAGAAGACGACAAACCUAUCAGCAGUGCACACAGCUGUAAUGUAGCAGAUCCUGCGAUGUCCGCGGCUCCGCAGCUUGGCCCAGGGUCCAACCCGCUGCCUAACCUAAGCGAGAGCAGUGCUUCCGGCGUACCCCAUGGUGCUGCCCCUGGCUUGCGGUCAGAGGCUGCGGGAGCUGGAGGCGGCGGAACAGGGAAGCAGCCGUCACAGUUUGUUUACGUCUUCACAACGCACCUUGCUAACACAGCUGCAGAAGCUGUCCUGCAGGGCCGAGCUGACUCCAUUCUGGCCUACCAUCAACAGAAUGUCCCACGGGCAAAACUAGACCAGGCACCACCUGCUCCUAAAGCGCUGGGGGUUGCUGAGCCACUUCCAAUUAACCCUCCUGCUGCCAACACUCCACAGUCCCAGCCACUGGUCCCUCAAGCAGGUCAACCACAGCCGCAGCCUCCCCCACCACAGCCUCCAGCCCCACCACCACAGGCCAUCAGUCAAACACCUUUGCCUGCACCCAGCAGCCUGCCCCAGGAAGGGACAAGUGAAGAUGGUCGGAGAGAUCUGACUCCCAAUUCUUUGGGGAACAAUAGCAGCAACAAUCAGCCUGGAAGUAACCAUCCAAAUACGCCCACUGCAUCUGCUGGCACCAUGCAGCCUGGUCAAGUGGAUUCCUCCACCACACCCAGCUCCAGCCUCCUUGGAGAGGGCCCAGGGAUGCCGGGGAAUGGGCAGGCAGGCCUGGGCCCCAGGAACACCAUGAACUCAGAAGGGCUCUCAAAGGAGCAGCUGGAGCACCGAGAGCGCUCUCUGCAGACCCUGAGAGACAUUGAGCGUCUGCUGCUGCGCAGUGGGGAGGCCGAGCCCUUCCUGAAGUCCAACCAAAAUGCAGGUGAGGGGGGGACUGCCUCUCAGCCACAGGUUGCCCAGCCCCCCGCGCCCCCUGCCAACAUGAAGAAGUAUGAAGAGCCUCUGCAGUCCAUGAUCUCCCAGACCCAGAGCCUUGGUGGGCCCAGCCUGGAACAUGAAGUGCCCCACCAUCCUGGUGCUGACAUGGGACAGCAGAUGAACAUGAUGAUGCAGCGGCUGAACCAGGACAGUCUGACACCAGAGCAAGUGGCCUGGAGGAAGUUGCAGGAAGAGUACUACGAGGAAAAGCGACGGAAAGAGGAGCAGAUCAGCAUCCAUGGCCGGCCCAUGCAGGAGAUCAUGAUCCCACAGUCAAUGGGCAGCAUGAUGAUGCGUGGGCCACCACCACCCUACCACAGCAAGCCUGGAGAGCAGUGGCCACCAGGGAUGGGCAGCCAGCUGCGAGGACCCAUAGAUGUGCAGGACCCUCUGCAGCUGCGGGGAGGGCCACCCUUCCCUGGGCCACGGUUUCCUGGGAAUCAAAUGCAGAGAGUGUCUGGCUUUGGAGGGAUGCAGAAUAUGCCCUUGGAUGCUCUUGGGCCUAUGAAUGCCAUGCAGAGGCCAGUCAGGCCCGGCAUGGGAUGGAGCGAUGAUAUGUCUCCUAUGGGAGGCCCUGGGAACUUUCCACAAGGCACCUUGCCCUACCCACCAGGGCAAGGGGACGCAGAAAGGUUUAUGAAUCCCCGUGCCAGAGAGGAGAUCCUGCGGCAUCAGCUCAUGGAGAAACGCCCAGUGGCAAUGCAGAGGUCCAUGGGGAUAUCCAGCAACUCUAUGAGCCAGGGCAUGGAAAUGGAGAGAAUGAUGCAGGCUCAUAGACAGAUGGAUCCAUCCAUGUUUGCUGGGCAGAUAACGGGUGAGAGCCUGAGCAGUGCCCCAAUGGGAAUGGAUUUUGCAGGCACUCGGGGGAUGCUGAGCCCUCCAAUGAGUCAGUCAGGCCUCCGGGACAUGGACACACCCAUGGGCCCUGGCAACCUCAACAUGAACAUGAAUGUCAAUAUGAACAUGAACAUGAACCUCAAUGUCCAGAUGACCCCACAGCAACAGAUGAUGAUGUCACAGAAGAUGAGGGGCCCUGAAAUGAUGACCCACCAGGGCAUGAACCCUGAGGAGCUGGCCAGGGUUAGAGCUCAGAAUGGCAAUGGCAGUGCAAUACUAACAGGACCCCAGAAAAUGAUGAUUCCCUCACAAUUCCCCAACCAAGGACAGCAAGGCUUCUCAACUGGGCAAGGGUCUUAUCCCAACAUGCCCCAGGAGAUGGGCAGUGGCUCAGACAUGUUCAGCCCUGAGCAGGCCACUAUGCCCGUUGGGAGCAUCAGUGGCACCACCAGACUCAGCCAUAUUCCUCUGCCUCCAGCCUCCAAUCCCACACCCACACCAGGGGGAAACCUGGCCAACAUGCACCCAGCACCUUCCCGGGGACUGGGCCGCCGGCCCUCUGACCUCACGAUCAACAUCAACCAGAUUAAUUCCCCCAGUAUGGGUCACCUCAAGUCUCCCACCCUUAGCCAGGUGCAUUCGCCACUGGUCACCUCCCCAUCUGCCAAUCUCAAGUCCCCACAGACACCCUCACAGAUGGUGAGCAUGCCACCUUCAAACCAGUCUGGACCCCUCAAGUCCCCCCAAGUGAUGAGUUCCUCUCUCAACGUCCGGUCUCCAAAUGGCUCACCAAGCCGCCUGAAGUCCCCUUCUCUGGCUGUUUCUUCCCCUGGUUGGGUGCCGUCCCCCAAAGCCACCAUGCCCAGCCCAGGAGUCAACCAGAGCAAGCAGUCUCUCAAUAUGAACUCAUCUGCUUCCAUCGGAGCACUGGAUCAGGGUUCUCUCCCAUCUGGGCCCCGGAGCAGCUCUUCCGCACCAGCCAGCAACACCUCUAGCACCAUGAAUCCGAACAUGCCUUUUACUUCCUCUCCAGAUCCAUCCCCUUCCCAGAACCCCCUGUCACUGAUGAUGUCUCAGAUGUCCAAGUAUGCCAUGCCCAGUUCCACGCCACUUUACCACAAUGCCAUCAAAACCAUCGCCACCUCUGAUGAUGAGCUGCUGCCAGACAGGCCUAUGCUCCCACCUGGAAGUAUGUCAGGCGUGACGGGCAAUCAGCCAAAUCAACUGCACUUGAACUCUGUGGGGCCUGGAUCCUCUCAGAGCCCCAUGGGAAUGAACCUGCCCGGUCAGCAGCCUCUUUCCCAUGAACCACCCGCCACCUCCAUGAUGUCCUCCCCAAACCCUCUAGGCUCCAACAUUCCUAUGCAUCCGAGUGGGCCAGGAGUGGGCGUGCCCCCCCAGAACCCCAUGAUGCUGCCCCCGGGUCCCCAGGACUCGUUGAGCCAGCAGUGUGGCCCUGUGCCCAACAGUUCACAGAUGAUUCCUUCUAACCAGCUCGUGUUCCCCCGCAUGCAGCAGCCCCACAAUGCCAUGCCGUCUCCUGCCGGGGGCAUGCCCAUGGCUGCCAGUGCAGGAGGUGGCCCUGGGAUGCAGCAGCAUUACCCACCAGGGAUGCCCUUGCCACCUGAGGACCUUUCCUCCCAGCAGCCUGGCCAGAUGCCUCCUCAGCAGCACAUGAUGGGCAAGAACAUCCCUCCUCGGAUUGGUGACCCCUACCCACCCGUGCUUCCUGGGGUGGCGUCGGUGCUGAACGACCCCGAGCUCAGUGAGGUCAUCCGCCCCACGCCCACGGGGAUCCCGGAGUUUGACCUGUCCAGGAUCAUCCCAUCAGAGAAGCCAAGCAGCACCUUGCAGUAUUUCCCCAAGAGCGACAGCCAGGCACCCAAAUCUCAGCCUUCCAACCUCCACCUCAUGAACCUGCAGAACAUGAUGGCUGAGCAGCCCUCUGUGCGUCCAGGUAUGAAUGCUCCCAGCCUUCCUGGGCAGCAGGGCAUGCAGAGGGGACUCAGCAUGCCCAUGUGCCAUCCUGGACAAGUGCCCAUGCUGGGCAGGACAGGCAUACCGCCCCAGCAAGGCAUGAUGGGCAACAGCAUGCACCAAGGCAUGAUGUCUCCGCAGCAGAGCCUGAUGGCCCAGCAGAAUUUCAUGCUGAUGCAGGCCAAGCAGAGAAGCAUGUCUGUGUCGGGAGAGAUGUAUGCCCAGACAGGACAUAUGAUGUCACCUCAGGGCUCUCUCAUGGGGCCCCCGCCUCAGCAGAACCUCAUGGUCACGCACCAGAUGAGGCAGAGGAGUGUCUCCCUGGACAGCCAGAUGAGUUACAUCCCCGGGCCUGGGAACAUGGCGAACUUGCCUUUUUAACCCUGACUGGUGCUCAGGGCUGGGGAGGGGAUGGGGCUGCCCCUACAAACAUUUUUAAACGUUUCUGUGGGGGCGGGUUGGGGGCCAGUGCCAGCAGAGGACGCCAUGUGGGAUGCUUUUCAUAUUGGAUUCGCCUCUACACAGCAAACCAGAUGUGCAGUAAACUUGAUGUGAAUUGGGUUUCUUUUUCCGUUCUUUUUUGGGGAAGGGGAGGGUGGAGAGGCUGGGAGUGGGGCUGUUACUUUGAACCCUGCGUGGUGACCAGGAACAUCCAGACCUUGUGGCAAUUUGUAAAGUUUUCACUUAUGGUUUUCUUUGGUCAAGUGUUUUCCUUGCCCUUUUUUCCCCCUCUAUUUUUUUUGUCCUUCGUUUUUAAGCAACCAAAAUGUGCAAGAGGGUUUUUGGAACUAGCUGUAAAUAGGUCGCUGGGAAAGGCAAAAUUUGUGCUGGUUUUUAAUUGUUCUGUAUUUCUGUGUUUUAAUAGAAGCCUCAAAACAUGUUUUAAAAAACAGAAAGAAAAAAAACAUGCUAAAGGCAACAGUGUACAAGGAUUGAAAUCUCUCCUUGAGGGAGGCAGGAGGAUCCCCAGGGUGCACAGGGUGUUGAGAGAUCCCAUUAUAGAGUGACUCUGUCAGACCUGUGUUCACGCAUCUGAAAGGUUUUGCAUGUGUGGGAGAGGGGGUGGUGCAGUGUCAUGCAGAUCUCAGGUCCUGUGGGUACAUGGAUACUAUGCUGAGCACACAGACAUAACCACUGACCAAGGGCCACUGUGGGGGUGGGGGUAGGGUGAGCUGUAGCCCAGUGAAAUGCUACUGGAGAGGUGCUUUUCUGGCAGGGCAGAGGCCAUAGCUUUACAGGAUGCGGCUGUUGCUGCUCUCUGGGAUGGGAAGUUUGCUGGCCCUUCAGCUGGAGAAGCAUCAAGAAUCUGGGCUUUGCAGAUGUUAACAUGCUGGACCUGAAGGUCUUAACCAGCUCUGUCACGUCUACUCCCUUCCCUUCAUGCUGUGUCUCCUGUAGGCAAGGUGUUGUGGUGUGUAGGGACAGAUGGGCUUUUAGGUGAGUGAGGUGAUGCAUUCCAGUGCUUCCAGGAGAGGCUAUCUGGGAACCCUGAUCUCCUGCAGCCUUCCUACACCAGUCUCUUAGCCAUCCAUUAUCCUUCACCACUGUGUCACACUCCCCCGCCAAUGAAUGCUUUCCCAGGUUUUCCUUGUGCUUGUCAGUCCUUCAUCUGUAGUGUUUUGCAGGCAGUCUUCACUCCAUCAUAACCUGAGCUACUGUCAGCAGCCCUGCCCUGUGGCACAGGAGAGGUCCAGCUCUGGAAGAGGACCUGUCCCUGAGUGCAAUACUCUACCUCAGCAUUCGGUCUCAGCAGCAUGGCCAUCCUGUGCUUCAGACAGAAGCGGCCAAAGUUGAGUGCCAGUCUCUAAUUCCUAGGCUGGCCAGAAGCGUGCCCUUUGGACAACUCUGUUUUUUCUGGAUGCAUUCCACCCUCUCCAUCCUGUACUCCAUAAGGUCUUCCUGCAUGCAGCCCUGAUGGUCUUCCCCAUGUUUUUUCACAGAGGGGAAUGGGGCAUGAUGCACAUACAUUUCUGCACACAUCGCAGUAUCUCUGGACCUCUUUGGGGACUUGCAAUUCUAGCAUCCAGGGGUGAACCUGGAGCACACAAUUGCUGGAGGAACACUUCUUGGAGGGUUAUCUCUGUAGAGCCAGACUAAACACACUACCUCUCUUACAACAGGGCUCACCUUUCCCAACUUGGUGUUGCAGGGAGGAGAGGGCUGUGGAAAAGGGAGACUGCCCUUUGUAGUGAAUGAACAGUAACACUUUUUACUAGGUUGCAAGCUGUUUGGAAAGGCUGGUGGGUGUUGCAAUGUCAGCUAUCUUGAUCCAAUCUGUGAGAUGAUGGAAUCAUAAAGUCUAGUUAGGAAUGCAUUGAAGCUUUUGGGGCAUUUUGUAGUGAACAGUGCUGGAUGAGAAGACUGGGUUUGGAUCUGAGGAAGGAUCUUGCUCUAGUCUCCUGCAUUGUAGGGGUUUGUUGUCUCCAAUGUGAGCAAGUAACAUUUUUUGAGGUGGUAAAACAGGAACAAUCAUGAGAAGUUCUCCUUCCGGCUGUGGCAGUUGGAGCAGAAGAAUAAUCUUCAGCCCAGGCUUUGGACUUGGCAUGUUAGCUGGUUGGAUUCUCAAUCCUUUCAGUGUGUGUUUGAUGCAGGAGGAUGUGGCUCAAACAGACGUAGCUGUUUCUAAGCUUGACUUGCCUGAAAGGCUGUAGCUUCUCUUAGCUGCACUUCAGGGUGCUGGCUGCUAGUAGUUUCUCAUAAACAUCCAAAUACCAAUUACAGUCUCAAACUUUGUUCAUCACCCACCAGCAAGUCUUGGCUAAUUUGAAGCCAUAACAUUUUCUAUAUGGAAGUUUUUUUGUUGUAGAUAGCUGUUGUUUUAGCCUGGUUGAGAUCUCCAUGUCUUUGUACUUUCCCUGUUGUCCCUUUUGCCCAGCCCAACACAGAAGUUGCCUGGGGCUUGCAGUCCUCACUCUGUUAGCAGCCAUUGUCCUUGUAUCAGCAGGAGCCUGCAGGCCUGUGGCACGUGCCAUGCCGUGCUCAGGAGACUGGUGCUCAGAGGGACAUGGCAGUGUGAUGCUAUUUCUGCCUGGCAACAGAAGGAAGACCUGUCCUUCAGUGACAAAUAAGAAGCUAAGCCUUUUGACUCAGCAGCCCUGGAUACAAAAGGGAAAUCCUCAUGCUAGGUCAGAGCUGAGGACUCUGGAGCAGCAGCUGGUGCUCUUCUGCAAAAUCCCAGUGCCCUGGAGCCAGCCCUACCCCUACCACUGUGAUGGCUGAACAAUGGGGAGAAGAAAUGCUGCCUAACACCCCUGUGCCCUGAGCGCUGCUCCCAACGAUACCUGUGAACAGCAAUGUGGCAGGAGUUCCUUUGGAGACUCAAUGACAGCCAGUCCUUGUUAGACCCAGGCAAGGUUUGCCAUCAACUGGUUGCCCGCUGCCGUGACCUGUGUCUAGUCUUGUGUCUUGUAGUUUAUUGCUCAGCUCCUCACCUUGAGUUCUGUGUACUGACUCCACAUAAUCACAGUAGAAGGUUUGCCCAUCUUUUAGCCAUGAUUUUGCCAUAUUUUUCCAGCUCCAAAAAAACGAAUGCUGGGAAACUGCAUCCUCCAGUAUGUCAGAUAAUCACACACCAGGAAUUAGCUUUCACAUUGAAGUAAAGUUGACUGACCUGUUCUCUGUCAUCCCAUGGAGAAACUUCCCCAGUCAUUUUGUACCAUUAUAUAAAUAUAUAUAUAAAUAUAAAUAUAUAAAUACAAUAUGUGAAGACAUCUUAUUGGUUUUUAUUUGAAACAAUUUUUAGGCUUGUUUUUGGGUAUCUGUGCUGCCUGUAAUGUAUUGACCUGUUUUAUAGGUGCCUUUUUAUUAAAAAGACAAAUUUCAAGACCUGA